AUGAUCGGUAAAUUCAUUUCCGAAACAUACAAUAAAGUGAAAAGUAAAGCUGACGAGGUUAGGUUACAUGUGAGUGUUCAAGCCAUAAAGGCGAAAGAAGUUUUUGGAUUAGUAAAACCAACUACAACUGAACAACUGGAAAUUUUAUUAAAUUAUGAACUGCAACAAAUUGACACAGCAGAAGCAUUAAUAGGAACUUAUAAAAAAUGGAUACAUAAUAUAUAUCAAUCUGAGAAAAAUGACUGCAUAAGAUAUUAUAAAAAUAUAAACAGAAAUAGCGAAAAAAAUGUGCCAAAUGAGGUCAGACAUUUGUUUAUGAACAGGGAAGAUGGUAAAAAUUACUCAUCGGAAUUAAAUAGAGAAAAUGAAAAUGCAUUUAAUAGUAGUAGUAAUAAUAAUACAUAUAAUAGUGAAAACAACGGUAAUAACAGCAUUAAUAGUAACAACAGUAACAAUUGCAACAAUGUGGAUACCAAACGAUACAGCAAUAAUGUUCAUAAUUAUGUGAAAAAUGAUUCAAAUAUGGACAUAUGUUACAAUUCAGGGUUAAAUGUACAUCCUCAAAGUGAUGUUUCCAAUAGUGAAAAACCUCAACAUCAAGAAGAAGGAACGAAUAAUAGUGAAGAGGAUGUUCCCUUAAUAGACAAAGAUAGAGGUAAUCCAUCUAUGGAAAUGAGACUACUAGAAAAGGAUGUAAACAACGAUAUAAAUAAAAAUAUGACUUCAGUACAAAAGAACAAAGACGACACAACUAACAACAUUUACGAUGAUCUUUAUGGAUAUAACUUUAAAGAAUUUUUUCUAAAAAGUAAUAUUUUAGAAAAAUCUAUUAGUCUGAUAUUAGAAAAAAGAGAAAUUAGGUUAUCUCUAGUAGGCCCAAUAGAAAAAGACGAUUUAAAUAAUCCGAGAACUACUAUUUUAACCAUGUUUAAGCAUUGUCUGAUUGGAAAUGAAAAAUUGCAUAAAGACAUUUUGUACAUUAUAUUAACAACUGACAAAUUAUUCGAAAAUCAUAAAGAACUAUUUUUAGAAUUAUUGAGUGUCCUUAAAUAUGAUUAUUUAGAUAUUUAUUUAACCAAUAUAAGAAAACUAAUAUCAUCAGAGGUUGUUUGCUUAAAGAGUAAAAUACUGUCAUAUGAUGCUCAAUGUCUAAACUUUAAUAAAAUAAACUGUUUAAAAUAUAUUAGCAGGAGAACUAGUAUGUCCUCGAUCGAUUUAGAAAAGGAUACAAACUUUUCAAGUCCUUCUUUUAGUUUUGAAAAACUGCAUUCCGAACCGUUCCAAGAUGAACUGAGGCAUGAUAGUACUCAAGAAAAUAGGUUAACUCCGCUUGAAGAAUAUAAAAAAGAACACAUACAGGAAGAAAUCGAUGUGAUGAAUUCACUAGAUAAGGGCAAAAUAGACAAGGAAAAGAUGCUAGAAAUAGAGCAUGAAAAAAUGCACCAAAUUGAGGGGGAAAAAGCCCAUCAAGUGGAGCAGGAAAAUAUGCAACUAAUGGAAGAAAUAGAUGAAGUAAGAAUACUCCAAUCAAACGAAGAGAAAAUGUUUGAGGAUUUCGAAAUGCCGGAAACAAGUAGCAACAACUGCACAGAAUAUUCAAGAGAUGAUUCUAAGGCGGAUUCUUUAUUAAGCGAAAAAGAAAUUAUAGAGAACAACAAAAUACAACAAAUCAAAAUUCUAGCUUCAUCAAAAUUAAUAGAGUUACAUAAGGCUGUUCAAAGGAUUCUAUUAUUAGCUACAAAAAAUAGGGAAAAGAGAAAAAUCGAAAUUAAAAUAAAAUUGGAAGAAUUAAAAAAAAUUAUAGAAGUUUGUAAAAAGGACUGUGAUAUAACUCUUAAUGAUGCCAAAGACUCGAAAACUCAUAUAGAAAAUGUAUAUGUUAAAGAAGUAGAUGUACGAACAAGUGAUAUUAACAAAACGCAGGAACUGAUAAACCAAGUGAAAAAUUCGCUAGAUCAAUUAAUAAUAAAAAAAAAUGAAUUAUAUAAUGAAUAUCAGUUGAUAUGUAAAGAAAUAAAUAAAAAAAAUAAGGAAUUAUCAAAAGUAUUAUCCACAUUAUCCUUAUAUAAAAAAGAGUUAAACGAAGCAGAAAAUAAUUAUUUAAACAAGUUGUCAAAUACAAGUAAAACAAAACACAUGCAUCAAGAAAGGAAGUUAUAUAUUUCAAAUUUAGAUAAUAUGUCUGAUGAAAUUUUAAAAGAAUAUGAAAAAUCUGAGUAUGUAAAUACGGACGAAUUAGUUUCAAAAUCGAUCAAAAUUAAAAAACCUCUAAAGCAGGUUAUUACGAAACAUUUAACUUAUUUGAAAGACAAAUUAUGUUUAUUAAAUACUCUACUAAAAUUUUAUGCACAAAAGGUAACGUUGUUGUUAAAAAAUACAAACAAUGCAAAAAAAGGUAUAUCAAAACUGCACCAUCUGGACCAUUGCAAUACAAUUGACCAUCAUAAUAAUUCUGACCCUCAUAAUAUAGUUGACCAUCAUAAUGGUGCUGAUAUUCAUAAUAAUGUAAAUUUUCAAAGUGAUGUUGAUCAUCAUAGUGAUGAUGACGUAUUCAUGAAGAAAAACGAAAUGGUAAAGGACGAUCAUAUAAAAAGGAACAUUUUAAAUACCACUAAUAAUGAAGAUUUCUACCAAUACAAUCAUUACGAAAAAGAAAGGAAAUCAAAAUUACUAAAAUAUAAAAAAUGCUAUUUUAAGGUUAUUGAGCAAAUAAAUAAAGUGUGGAUCAUCAUACAAAAGUUUUACGAUCUUCAUAAAGAACAGAUAGAUGAAGAUAAUGAUGAGGUAAAAUAUUCAGCACAUUUUAUUUAUGAUCAAAUAAAUAUAAUGUACAAUUAUAGCAAAAAAUAUAUAAUGGAAAAUAGUCCUAUUAUUUCCUCCAUAUCAUAA